AUGGGCAAAAAGAGACGCGGACCUUCCCUGGAGGAGCUUCUGGCUCGGCCGUGGUGCUACUACUGCGAGCGCGACUUCGACGACCUCAAGAUCCUGAUCUCGCACCAGAAGGCGAAGCACUUCAAGUGCGAGCGCUGCGGGCGCCGGCUGAACACCGCUGGAGGCCUCUCGGUGCACAUGAGCCAAGUCCACAAGGAGCAGCUAUCGACCGUCGACAAUGCGCUGCCCAACCGAUCCAGCCUCGACGUCGAGAUCUUCGGCAUGGAGGGCGUCCCCGAGGACAUCAUCCAGACCCACAACCAGCGCGUCCUCACGCAGUUCCAGCAGGCCGAGGCCGAGCGACAAGCCGAGACCGGGAACCCGCCCGCCGGAGCGGGGGCAGGCGGCCAGCCCGCGAAGAAACCCAAGCUCGAGAGCGUGUCCGAUCUGAAGAAGCGGUUGGCUGAGCAUAAGGCCAAGAAGGCGGAGGCUCUCGCGGGUGGCAGCAGUGGCGAGGCGACCCCGGUGGGCGCGGGCCAGACUCCUACCCCUGGAUAUGUAAACGCAACCCACUCCCCCGCUCGCCGCCAACCCGCAGUUCUCAUACCCCAGCCGUACGGCACCGCCUCCCCCUACCCCCAAACGGCAAGUCCCGUGUACCCGAGCUUCUCACCGGGCGCACAGCAGCAGUUCAGCGCGCCGCCGCAGUACAACGCCGGCUACUCGCCGCAGCCGUUCGCGGGCAGCACCCCCGGCCAGCCGUACGGCGCCACGGCCCCGGCCUUCCCGCCCCAGCAACCCCAAACACAUACCCCCCCGCAGUCGACGGGCGCGUUCCCUCCGCGAUCGGGCAGCCUGCCGACGCCGCCGAACCUGCCGCAACGGCCCGCCAUGCCGGCGCCUCCGGUGAACGCGUACCAGAUGCAGCAGAUGCACAUGGGCCAUGCCCCGCCGGCGAACGGCGAGCAGCCGCCGCCGCCGCAGCAGCAGCAGCAGCAGCCGACGGAGGCGACGCCGAUCGCAGCGUCGGUGGACGAUCUGAUCUCGGGGGCGGCGAAGCAGGCGGAGGCAGGCGCGGGCGAGAAGCCAAAGGGCGAGGAGAAGAAGAAGGACAAGUCGAAGCAGGGGCGGCUGGUGUAUUCGGACAACGAGACCAGUCCGGAGGAGAAGAUGGCACGGUUGGCAAGGUACGCAUACGAACCCGAUCGGCGAGGGGAGACGGCGCUGGAAGAGGUUCCGGCGGCGGCGGUGGUUGGGACGAUUCGGGAGACGGAUACGGUGGUGGAUGCGACGGGCAGUUGA